AACUUUGACAGGCUGAUGAAAAAUGAACUUGUAAUUAUUUAAAUUUAUUUUUGAUUUUUGAUUUUUGAGUUUAGAGUCUUACUGUCCUGUUAUGUGUAGCCUACAUGAAUGAAUGACUGACUUUUGGUAAUAUUUUCAAAUAUGACAUUGGGUUUGUCGCAUGCUUCUUUGAUAAACAUUAAACAGACUUCCAGAUCAGAUAUUUGAUUCUAAAAACAUGAUGUCAAAUUCACUUAUAGAUUCACAUGACAAGUUCACUUUUAUUGAAAACACUCACAUAUCCUAAAGACAGGCACAUAUUUUUUUUUUAUACAACACCAUUUCCCAGAAACCAUCAGGCUGCUGCAGGUUAAAGUUCAGUUAAUUGUUGUUGACGUUCAAAGCAUCGUUUGAACUUCGACCACAUUUAACUGGGUCAGUUCAGCCACAUUUUAAUAAAACAAUAUUUUAGAGUAGUUCAGAGAACUGCCAUCCUGCUUGACAUCAUCUGAUUUCAUGAUCCUUCACAGAAGGAGAAUGUCUUCUCCAAGGUUGGGCGUGGUCAGAGACUCCAUGCUGAUCAAUCCUCGGAUUGUAAAGGCGCCUCUGGGUCAGUCCAGGUCCGUUGGCCUGUCAGUUCCUGGUCCAAAUUUCACUUACGGAACCAGCAGCUCGCACAGAGAUGGGGGUGUGGCUGAGGUUCUGUCUGGUUGGAGGGUUCAGCCGAAUCGUGGAGAUUCUGCACCUCAUCAAGCUGUAAUUCCAGACUUUGUGUCCCUGAACCGGGAUGCGGUAAAGUCCGGACUGGUGACGUCCAAAGAGCUGAGUCAGUACCGGGCUCAGAGGGGUGUCGCUUACAAUGCCCUAAAACCGAAAGAGAGCUUGGCUUCUCGGUGCCCGGUGGUGCCUGACAUCACAUUUGGAGUCCCAAACAGGCCUUCAUCCCCCCUGUCAGACCUUCUGUCUCAUCAGUAUGGUCACCGCUGGCUGGACAAGCAGCUAACCAGGAAUCAAAUCACCAACAACCAGCAGAAGCUGCAAAGGAUUAAAUCAAGUAGUUUUCAGGACAACAGGACUAGCCUGCUGAGGAGGAGCAGACCUCUGCCCGUGACACAGACUCCAUUCAAGCUAACUCGCUUCACACAGGUCGCUCCUGCUCUGGACACCUUCAGGGACCAGGAGGCUCGUCUCCAGGCAUUCAGGGCUCAUCAGUUAAACUCUGAGUCCAGGGGAAGAGCUCGGGAUCUGGGGACACACAGUCUGGACUUACCUGAGGAGGAUGCAGGCCAAACCAUUCUCAGAACAAGUCAAUGGGAAUCAAAAUAAAUAAGCCUCUUUUCACUUUAUGCUUUUCUUACAUACAUCUGCUUCAAUGAUUUAAACCUAAACAGCUUAAGAGAAUGGAGAAAGGGAAC